AUGAAAUUGACCCAUGAAUAUUAUUUAGAAAUUAUCAAUAAUCUUGAAGGUGAUCAUCAAAUGCUAUUUAGCUGUCUCUUUGUUGAUCACAAAUUUUGUCGCUUUACUGUGCCUCUGUUAUGGGCUGACCCUUUCAAUAAUAUAUCUAAAGAUUCUAUAGAUGUUGUGUCUAUUUAUCUUUCUUACCUUAAUAAAAAUGAAAAGCUUCAAUUGACUUCAAAAGCAUAUCAAGUUGAUCUUUCAUGUAUUUCCAAAGAAACUUUAUUUGAAUAUACUGACUUUCUAGAGACUUACUCUAAAAUUCCAACUUUUGUGGCUAUUCAAAGCAUGUUGUUUCGAACAUGUAAGCGAAUCAAGAAAUUCUAUAUUUCAGUGGCUGAAGAUAGCUUAACAUUUCCUUUAAUAUCUAGUUCAUGGUUCUAUUCAUCAGAAUUGAGAGAAUGCGAAUUUAAAUUUGUUGUUUCAAAUAGUCAAAACACAAAUGUAUACAAUUACAUUAACUUGAUUUCAAUACGAAACAAAAGAAUUCAGACCAUCCGUAUUAUGGUAUAUAAUGAAGAUAUAUUACCAAAUUGCCAAGAACCAAUUUUAAAUUUAAUUAAGACUCAAACUGAACUCAAAGAACUUGAGCUAAAAUAUUUUAGUACAACUAGUUUUACACCUUUACUACAAUAUAAAAUGCUCCAAGUAAAAUCUCAAAGACUUAGGAAACUAAUUUUACAGGGGAUCAAGUUUGAUAAAGAUAAUCUUGCAAAUCUUGUACCAAACUUGGAGGUUUUAUCAAUUAAACAUUCUUUUGGAAAUCUUUUUGGAAAACAAAAUAAUUUACAAAAUCUUCAACAACUUGAAUUAAAGGAAUUAAGCAAUGAAGUAAAGAAAAAAAUUGUUUUUUUGCUUAGUCAAAAUUACCCAAACAUAACUACUUUAUGUUAUGUGACUGAUAAUCUUAUGUUCUCUUCUACACUUAAAAAAUUCCAUAAGCUUUGUCAACUACAAAUAGGAGGAUUUGCUUAUUAUAAUUUUCCUAAUAGUAGUCAAGAUUAUCUACAAGCCUUAAUUAAAUAUUUGUCUAGCUCUUUAAAAAUUCUUAGCUUACUUAAUAUUUAUGAUUAUAGUUACGAAAACUUAAAUUCUUUUUUACAAGAUUUUGAUAUAGAAAGAGUGAAGUUAACAGUUUUUAUAUUACCUUUUAAUGUUGAGCUUAAUUUACUUCCGAAUUUAAGAAAAUUUAUUAAAAAAGCCAAAUAUUUAAAGUAUAUAGAAAUAGUGAGAUCAGAGAAUUACAAUAUAGAAAAACAGAAAGACAGUGAGAGAGAUAUUAUUAAUCUUUGUAAAGCUAGAAAUAUUAAAUGCAUUUUAAAAUUUCAG